AUGCUAGAAUCUGGGAGUGCCUCCAAUAAACUCAAACACGGUGCUAGGGAGACCUCUUUAGCAAGAUCAAUAACCAUUGUGGAUAUUCCGAAGAGCAGACUGCUUACCCCAGAGCCUAAAGUUCCAGUGGUCACAGCAAAGACAGCGCGAAUGAGGGAAGUCACACUUAUCCAUGUGCUCAUUAACUAUUCAGAUUUACACAGAGAAACUCAAUCACAUUUAACGACAACACCUGGGCAAAAGGGCCACACCCCAGCAGCCACCCCGCUGUUACUGUAUUCUCAGAGGGGUCAUGCAAGCGCAUUCCUGGCAUUAAGUGCUUCAAACCCAGUUAAGGUCAUGUCUGAGAAACCAAGAGCUCCAUCUGUAGGUAGGCAGGCUUGCCAGUUGACCCUAAAGGUGAAUGGAGAAAGGAAACACAGCUUGCACCUGGGAUUUCUGGUGCUCUGCACCUGCAUUCCAAACCCCCGAGUGUUGAGAGCACUGUUUACAGAGAAGGGAGGGGAGGACACAAGGCCCCUAGUCAUUUCCCUUUUGGAUGAGGCUCCCCAGUGCGUGUAUGUGCCCAUUCACACGACUCUACAUGCUGUGAUAGAUGCUUUUACUUCUCUAGAAGAAAUCGUGCAAAGCUCACAGGUGUCUAAUCAGAAGCUGACAGAAGAUGCAAGAUUUUCCUAUCAUUCAGGGCUUGAGAACGGAACCAAAGCCUGGGGACAAAAGGAUGGUUUUGAGGAUGUUGGAGAAAGAAUAUCAAAGUCCACUGAUGGGCAUCAGAACACCUCCUGGGUAUGGGACCCAGGGCUGGCACGUGCUAGGCUCCUCUACCACUGGGCUGCACCGGCAGCACAAGGCUAUUCUUAUGGGAAGUAUACUCAUGCCGUUGAUGGAUGGUCGUCUAGCCACGGACUUGAACUUGACGCUGAGCACCUAAGACGGAUCUCUCCCUACUAUCACCGUGUGCAUCAGUUAACAGAAGGCAUCAGGACCUACUUAACAGUCACAUCAAUAACAGAUACCAUUUUAAGGACCCUUGCAGCAACAAUAGUGCCAGUCACAGAACAACUAUUGCUGUUUGAGUUCUGCUCUCCAGGCUGGGCUGGGAGCUUCGGGGAUGUUAAAGGCGAGGAGGUGUUAAUUAAUGCUUGCCUGGCUCUUGUGAAAAGAUGGGGCCACGGUAAUAGGAUCAGCGUGGUCAGGCACAAGAAGCGUCAUUGUCUGGGAAAUUGGAGGACCGAGAAUGAGGCUGAGGGCCCAGGGGCACGUGACCAGAGAGGACAGGGAAGGAGGCGAGAGGUUCCCCAACCGCUCAGAUCCAGGAAGUUGUUAGAGCUGAGCAUAGCAGCUCUGAGGAACAGCUGGAGACUGUCUCAAGGACCUAGGAUGUUCUCCCUUCUCCUGGUCCUUUUUCUGAGCCAUGAAAGUGUGUGCCAGAGAGACCCAAGCUCCGGGCAGGAUUUACACCCAUUGUUGCAGAAAAUGGCGGAAGAAAUAAUAGAGGGAAACUAUCUGAAUGCAUUUCUGGAUCUCGUACAGUUUGGAAGCUCCCAUGUGUGGACUGCAGACCUGUCCCAAAGAGUCCUUGCCUAUCUGAACUCACGGAAUGUGGCCUUUACCAUCCCCAGCCUGCAGGCAGUCAUGGAAACCCACCUGGAGCAGUAUUUGUACCAGCCCCAGAAGCUUCUGGAAGACCUGAGGGACGCGGAUGCCCAGCAGUUCCGUACUGCCAUGAAAUGCCUUUUGGAAGACAAGUGGGAUCACCUGGACCUGAAGGAUACUGUCAUCAACUUGGGAGCCAUUUGGGAAGCGGCCCUUCAGAGCCCUGGGGUGAACCGCAGCCUGUUUCUCAUUACACUGGAGCGUUGUUUCCAGGUGCUGAACCCCUUGGAGUGUGUGGAGGUUCUGGGCAGGGUGCUCAGAGGGUCCUCGGGCAGCUUUCUGCAGCCGGAUGUCACGGAGCGGCUACCCCAGGACCUGCGUGAGGAUGCCUUUAAGAACCUAUCUGCAGUCUUCAAAGAUGUCUACGACCAAACCUCAGCUCACACCCAGAGAGCUCUCUACUCCUGGAUGACUGGAAUCCUGAGGACGCCCUUCAACAUCACUGAUGGCUCAGUUUCAUGGGUCAGUGCGGAAAAGUUAUGGAUUUUGGGCAGAUACAUGGUUCAUCUAUCAUUUGAAGAAAUUAUGAAAAUCAGUCCUAUAGAAAUUGGACUGUUUAUCAGCUAUGACAACGCCACCAAGCAGCUGGACACGGUGUAUGAUGUCACCCCUGAACUGGCUCAGGCAUUUCUGGAGAGGAUCCGCUGCUCCAGCUUCGACAUGAGGAAUAUCUCCACCAUCCACAGGUUGGGGCUGUUGGUUUGCUUCUAUGAUGACCUGGAGCUGCUGGACGCCACCCUGGCCCAAGUCCUUCUCCACCAAAUGCUCAAGUGCAGCCGCCUCCAGGGCUUCCAGGCUGGCAUCCAGAAGCUCAAGGCCAACCUUCUGGACAUUGCUACAGAGAACCAGACCCUCAACGAGACCCUGGGCUCUCUGUCGGAUGCAGUGGUGGGUCUGAGCAGCAGUGAGCUGGAAUCCCUCUCCCCCAAGGCAGUGCGCAGUGCCAUCUCUACCCUCAACCAGGUUACAGGCUGGAGCAGAAGCCAGAUCUGCAUCUUGUCUGCCAAAUACUUGGCCCAGGAAAAGGUGCUGUCUUUCUACAAGUGCCAGCCAGAUGGGUGUGCUGCUCACAGGAGGUCAGCACACGCCUUCUACAACAGGGACCACAAGGACCUCUGGCAGGUCCUGAGAAGCCCUGUUUCCCAGCAUGUGCCCGGUCUGUCACCAUGCAAGCAGCAAGCUAUCCUCAGGAAGCUGAUAGAAGCAGAAGAUGCCUCUGCUUCAGGCCUUGUGGAGGUGCCCAGAGCUCUGUUUAAGGAAGUGUCUCUCUCUGAUCUGUGGAAAGGAUCCCGGUUCAAUGCCACAGUCCUGAAGGAGAAGGAGCUGCGGAGGAGCCAGGCCUUGUUCCUGUAUGAGCUUCUGGAGAAGACCACGGACAGUCCCGAGGAGAUCCUGAGCUCUGGGCAGCUGGUGAAAGGCGUGCAGUGUUCACACAUCGAUGCUAUGAGUGCCCAUGUCUUCCUGGCCCACUUCCAGUAUUUCGAGAACAACUUCUCCCUGCUUUCACCAGAUCAGGUCAAUUGUUUGGCAUGGAAAUACUGGGAAGUCUCAAGGUCCUCCUUGCCACCGUUCCUCUUGACUACCCUCCCGUCCCGCUUCCUGGCUUCCAUUCCCACCUCUCGCUGUGUACAUUUUCUGAUCAGCCUGGGGAAGAGACACUUGGACACCUUGGUUUUAGAUUCCCAUAAAAGGAGUUUGGUCAUCAGGAAGGUGGAACAGUGUCUGGACGGUGUCAUUGCUGAUGAGCACACUGUGGACAUUGUGGGAAACCUCCUGUGCCAUCUGCCAGCCGCCUUUAUUGAGAGAGGGAUCUCACCCAGAGCCUGGGCCACUGCUCUGUACGGCCUCGGGGGCUGCACAGCUCUCAGCUCUGAGCAGGGGGCUGCGGUGAAGUCCAGGCUUCUGGAGCAGUGGGGACCGCCUCAGAAUUGGGCAGCAGAGACGAUGAAGGACGUGGCGCCUUUCCUAGCAUUUUUCUCAGGAGAUGAAUUGCGCACGAUGGCCACAAAGUUUCCUGAUAUCCUACAACAAACAGCUUCCAAGAUGGUUGGGAUGUUGCCCCCCAAAGAAUUCCUCUGGGCUGUCUUUGAGUCUGUUCAGAGCAGCAGUAAUGACAGCCCCAGCGCUGACCUCACCUUUGGUUGCCAUGGAGUUGUGGCUCCCUCUUCUGAUGACAUCUUCAAGUUGGCUGAAGCCAAUGCCUGCUGGGACCCUGAGGCCCUUCUUUGCAUGGAGGGGGACACUUUUAUCAGGAAUGUGGAACUGCUAGGUGCCGUGAAGGGUUUCAGCAGGCCUCAGCUAAUGGCCCUGAAGGAGAAGGCAAUCCAGGUCUGGGACGUGCCCUCACACUGGAAGCACCACCACGUUGUCUCCCUGGGACACAUUGCUAUGGCUCUCAACGAGAGUGAGUUGGAGCAGCUGGACCUCCGCUCUAUAGACACUGUGACAUCCCUCGGUCAGCAGUCGGAAUGGACCCCGGGACAGGCUAAGACCAUUCUGAAGGCAUUCCUUGAAGAUUCAGGCUACGGUAUCCAGGAUCUGAAGAGUUUCCAUCUGGUCGGGCUUGGUUCCAUUCUUUGUGCUAUGGACACCACUGAAAUUCCACUUAUAAAGACCUCAGAAUUCAGGACAGUGGUAGCCAGAAUUGGAACGCUGCUCUGCAGCACCCCCGUCUUGGCUGGGUUUAAGAAGAAAGCAGAAAUUGUAUUUGGGAGACCCACUGAGUGGACCAGCUCCAUCUUGCAGGAACUUGGGACCAUCGCAGCCGGGUUAACUAAAGCAGAGCUCCGAGUGCUCGACAAGGAACUAAUGCCUCACUUCAAGCCCUCAGCCAUAAGAUGCCUGCCUGGUGAGACGUUCAAAGAGCUGUCCACGGAGCAGAUUGCUUCCUUGGGCCCUCAGAAUGCUGCCUCGGUGACCAACUCCCAGCGCCUGCAGCUCAGCUCAGCACAACUGCAGAGCCUCCAGCGGGCACUAGAUGGCGCCAAGACUCACUCCUGGCAGGAUGAUCUUGUGAGUGCCGGCCCUACUUCCACUGGGUCCCCAACAGGAGAGCCCACCUCCCAGGGUCUUUGGCUUGGCUGUCCCCUGCUACUUCUGAUGGCCAAGUCCCUAUGCUGA